GUUGUUAACAAGAUAUUUUAAAUUGCGUGUAAACCAUUGGUUUACGUUAUAGUGUUUAAAAUUUAAAUCUACACUGAAUAAGUUAUUGAAUAAGAUUUAUUAUAAGUGAUUCCAUACUUUUGACAGACCGUGCAUUGGUACAAGUAUUACCACUUUAACAUUAAUUUGUAACUUUACCAUGGUAAAGUACUGUGCACCAGCAGGUAAUAUUAACCAAUAAUAACAUGUUCGUCAGCCCAAUGUCCCUCUACUGCCACCAAUCAUCGCAAGAAAAUGCUCUGCUAGAUCAGAGACCCCCCAUUACAGUCUUUCACCCUGUCAUGCUACAGCAGGAAAAUGUGCUAUGAUUUCUGAUUCAUGUUGACCUUAAGUACAUAGAACUGAGUAAAUAGAGCCAGGUUCUACCUUCCUCUGCUUCUGAUAGCAUCAGCUUUCUGUUUAACUGAAACUCUGCUUGAUGAACAUGUUAAGAGUCUGUUAGGGCCUUUCAACAUCCAAACAAAGCUGGUAAAGCUAACUUAAUUGUGGGAAAUGGACAAUGUGAAAAUUUUACUGUACAUGUUGUUCAAGGGAAUGGCUUCUACCUUUGGCCUCAUGUCUGAGAAGCACUUCCUCUGCUCCCUCUGUGAGGACAUCUUCAGCAAGCCAGUCACCACGCCUUGUGGCCACAGCUUCUGCAAGGUGUGUCUGCGCAAGUACUGGAGCCGCGCUGGCCUAGACAAGUGUCCUCUCUGUGGGAAGUCCUUCGUCUCCAAGCCUCACCUUAGUGUGAACCGCAUACUGGCGGAUGUCACUGAGCAGUACAGGAAGUCACGCUCAGGCAUCAAAGCCAGGGCACACAGUUUGGAUGGAUUGCUAAAUGAACCUGUGCAGAAGACUGACGUUGACAAAAAACGCAUGAUUGAGGAGAGAAUUCAGAAGGUGGAGAAACUCAAGCAGUCCCUGAAGUUCCUAAAGAGUUCAUGUCUAAGGGAGGUUCAGGAGAGUCGGAAGGUUUUCUCUGCCCUCCUGAGCUCUGUAGAGUCGGCCCAUAAGGCAGUGGUGGCAGCAGUGGAGGAGAAACAGAGAGAGGCAGAGACACGAGUGGACAGAUUGGUGAGGGAGCUGGAGAAGGAGAUCCUCGAGCUGAAAGGUGGACAGACUAAAUCGGACUUUCUGCAAGAUGACAAGACUCAACUUACAAAGAGUUUUAAUCAUUUGCCCACAGAGAUGAAGGAUUGGUCAAAGAUCAGCCUAGAGACAGACCCUUGCUUGGGCUACACUAGGAAAGCUGUGAUGGACCUCUUUAAUGCUGUCAUGGUAGAGGCUAACAAGCUCUCUAAAGCAGAACUGAAGAUGUUACAGAAGUAUUCAGCGGAAAUCACACUGAAUCCCCGCACCGCUCAUGCCCACCUAGCCGUCUCUGAUGACAGGAAGGAGGUCCGGCACACCAACAAGCAGCAGGAGGUCCCAGAGAACCCUAAGAGAUUUGAUCGUGUCACCAACGUCCUGGCCAAGGAAGCCUUCAGUUUUGGCAGGCAGUACUGGGAGGUGGAAGUGGGAGACAAGACGGACUGGGACUUAGGCGUGGCCAAGCAGUCCGUCAACAGGAAGGGGAAGUUCACGGUCAGUCCUGCCAAUGGUUUCUGGAUAGUCAGUCUGAGGAACGGAAAUCAAUAUACUGCCAACACGUUACCGCCCACCUGCCUGGCCCUCACAUUCAAGCCCAGAAAAGUGGGUGUUUACCUGGAUUAUGAGGAGGGUCAUGUGUCCUUCUUCUGUUUGGACUCUGGGGCCCACAUCCACACUUUCACAGAUACGUUCACUGAAAAACUCCAUCCAAUAUUCAGCCCCGGCCGGCCGCACGGAGCCAAGAACAGUGCCCCAUUAAUUAUCACCACCAGCUGCUGCAGCAUCUAAACAAAUAUGCCACUUUUAAAUGCCUAACUGUAUGUCCUCACAGAAUGACACUUGAAACCGUAAAGCACUUUCACUCACAGAGCUGUUUAUCUGAACCAAACCUGGCUGAAAUUCAAUAUUUGGUUAAAUACAGUUUUAUUAUGUCUGCUAUAAUAUUUUUGUUUGCAGAUUGUUGUAAUUCUUUUCUACUAUAUGUUGAUACAGGUUUAUUAUUGUGUUGUACAAUAUUGUUUGAAAAUCAAAGAGUACCCUUCAUUUAUUUCAUUUCCAGUUGAAAUGACCGUUAAGUACAAGUUGUUUAUUUUUCAGUGUAAGGAAAAAAACAGAAAACAUAAAUCUAACAUAAAAUUCUACAGUCAGUGUUCUUAAAAAAAGAUAAUAAAUAAUAAGAAAUAAAAUGUACACAAUGUUUUAAUCACCUUUAAAAGCUCCAGAAGAGUAAACUCCCCACUGCCAACUUAUAAAAACCCAUUUUUAGCAUUUAGUGUGUCCACACUUUGUCUUUAUUACAGCUUCCAUUCUUUUCAGGAGAUUUGCUUUCAAUUUUUUGAAAGAAAUCUGCAGGCAUACAUUUCCACACCUUUUUUUUGGCUGUUUAUUAGAUGAGGAUGGUUUUGGUGGUCUAUCAGGUCUGGCACCGUUCUUAGGAGUUCUAUUUUCUUUAUAUCGUUUAAACAUUUUUUCAAAUUCAGCUUUGUAAAAUCCGUUUUUCGUUUGAAUUUCUCUUUUCUUAUGUAAGUGGAUAUCUUGUAUAUAAUCUCUUUAAAAGAAAUACCUCCUGAAAAAUAGAUAGCUUGUACUUAAUGGCUAUUUGGACUGGAAUGAAUAAAGGAUAGACUCUUUAUACAGUACUCUAUACUCUCAGAAAUAAAGGUACGAAGCUGUCCCUGGGGCAGUUCCCCUCUUGUCGCUGUGGUGGGACCCUCAGGGGUACAUAUCAGUACCUUUAAUCAGGGAAAAUUAUUGUACCAUUGAAUGCAUUGAAUUUAUAUUUUCUAAGUUGUAUUGACUCCACACACCCCAUCUCAUCUCCAGACUUUUUAUUUUAUUGUUCUGUUUAAAAACAAUUAUGUUAUGAAAAGGUGCAAAUACAUACUUU